GCCCGGGGGAGGCGGGAGGAGGCGGCCGGGCCCCUCCCGUCUCUAUGGCGGCGCCUUAAACCGGCGGCGGCGGCCGCGCCCCCGCUCAGAGCGCGGCGGCGGGAGACACGAGAGAAGAGCCAGCUGGGCUCUACUGGAGCAGCCAGCCAGAGCCUGGGCAGUAACGGGCCCCUCUGCCCCUGUCCUGCAACCCCAUGGCUGGGAGCACCGAGAUGGCAUCCCUGGAAGAGAGCUUCCGCAAAUUUGCCAUCUACGGCGACACCAAGGCUACAGGGCAAGAAAUGAAUGGGAAGAACUGGGCCAAGCUAUGCAAAGACUGCAAAGUCACUGAUGGCAAAAGCGUGACCAGCACUGACGUGGACAUCGUCUUCUCCAAGGUGAAGGGGAAGACAGCCCGAGUCAUCAACUAUGAGGAGUUCAAGAAGGCACUGGAGGAGCUGGCCCCCAAAAGAUUUAAAGACAAGAGCAAGGAGGAGGCAUAUGAAGCCAUCUGCCAACUGGUGGCAGGGAAGGAGCCCAUUAACGUGGGCGUCACAAAAGCCAAGACGGUGGGAGCUGUGGAGAGGCUGACAGACACCUCCAAGUACACAGGUUCCCACAAGGAACGUUUUGAUGAGAGCGGCAAAGGCAAGGGCAAGAGCGGGCGGGAGAACAUCGUGGACACCAGCGGCUACGUCAGUGCCUACAAGAACGCGGGCACCUAUGAUGCCAAAGUGAAAAAGUAGGGAUGGUUGCCUGUGGCGCCCACUGCCCUGGUCCCUGUGUGUUGGCCGUGGGGCCAACGCUCACCUCGGCUUUGGGACAUGCCUGUGUGACGUGGGGCCCAAGAGGCUGUGCUGGGGCCCACCCCAGGUUGGUGGGAUGUCAGCUGCCCAGUGCUGAUGUGAUUGGGAAGUUGUCGGGCUGUGUGUUCUGUCCUAGUGUUCUGUCUGUCCUCGCCAUGCUGUGACCCCCCAGCCUCUCCUAUCCCCCCGUGCUGUCACCCCCAGCAUCCUGCCGUCAGCAGUACCCACCGUACUAACAGCAGUGCUCCUCAGGGCUCCCCUGCCCCGCUGGCACCCAGACCUUCCCUACCUCAUCCCCGGCUUUCAGGGCACCCUUCCUGCCAGUCCCGCUGGGGACCACAGCCUGUUGUCCCUGCAGACCUCCUGGGGACCUGCCUCAACCCUGCUCCAGUCACACCAUAGCCACAUCCUUCCUUCCCCACCGGUGCCCGCCUGUGCGCUGCCCUCACCAUGAGGCUGCCCGGUGCCGCAGGAGGAGGCUCAGACUUUGUGGUGCCGUUGGUGCCGGUGCUGCUGAGAUGCUCCCAGCCUGACCCUGGGAUGCACUCUGGAAGAGCUUGGUGUCACCUGGCCGUUGGCAAGGUCUCCAACCUGAACCCCUGUGGCCUCCCACUACCUUCA